UUUAAUUCGUACACUUCCUUCAAGCUUGUUCAGUUUUUUUACUCCGAUGCUAACAUCUCUGUUAUAUACCCUGGUGGAAUAGUCCGGCGAGUAGAGAAAAUCGGUAACGAUGGACAUAUCGACGGAAGAGGGGGAGGUAGUGAUGAGCGAGGUUCACCUGGGCUGCCCUCCUCAUUUUUCUGGCCCUUAUUUCUCCACCUUUACCAUUUCACUUCCUCCUCCACCUGAAGUUGAGCUUGUGGGAAGUAAAUUUGAUGGUGUCAGAGGAGGUGAACUAACUUCUACUCAACAAGUUAUAAGUUUGGAUGAGGAUGGUGAUCUUAUACUAAGACGUCGGAAUGAAGAUUCCAAGUACAAGUUUGUCAUGAUCAUCCAGCACAAUAUCACUUCGUCCAUCCCAAGUGUUGGCUUGCAGGUAUGGAGGGCGGAACUAGUACUAGCUGAUUAUGUGAUGCAUAAAAUGUUUACAACAUCUGAUUUUGAUGGAAUCAUUGCUGCUGAGCUUGGAGCUGGUACUGGGUUGGCUGGCAUGUUGCUUGCACGUGUUGCUAAAAAGGUUUUCCUAACUGACCAUGGCGAUGAAGUGCUCGAUAACUGUUCUCAGAACGUUCAUCUUAAUUCUGAAAGAUUUUCUGCAUCGGUUUAUGUACGUGAACUUGAUUGGAAGGCUUCGUGGCCUCCUCUGGAAAAAUGUGCUGCAUCUCAGGGAAGGUAUGAUUGGACCUCUCAAGAACUUGAAGAUUUUCAGGGAGCUUCUUUGCUUGUAGCUGCCGAUGUAAUUUACAGUGAUGAUCUCACUGAUGCAUUCUUCAGUACUUUGGAGAGAUUAAUGUCACGAAGUUCAGAUAAGGUGUUGUAUAUGGCGUUGGAAAAACGUUACAACUUCACUCUUGAUGAUCUUAGUGUUGUAGCAAAUGGUUACUCUCAUUUCCAGAAAUAUCUGAAAAAUGAGCAAGCAGGGGAUUAUGCAGGAUGUGAAGGUUAUCACAAUGAUUCUUAUCCAUGCUUUGUCGGGACAUGCAUCGAUCUCACACAAGUUCCACAAUAUGUGAGAGAAUACGAGAGAGGAGAAGAUGUCGAGAUUUGGGAGAUCAAGUAUGAGAAAAAAUGAAUACUAGUUAAAACUCUCUAUACUUGGAUAGUUGGUUGCUUGAUGUUUUCUCUUCUCAACCAUCGGCAACUCUCUUGUCUUGGGUAAAUUUAAGAUCGGAGCUAGUGGCUAUAGUUUUCCUUAAAAUCAGUUAGUCAGUUACCCUCUUGUUCAAAUGGUUCCGUGUGGUAAAGACGAGAUGAGCGAACUGUAACUAUUGACACUGUCCGUAUUUCGGAUAUGAUUAGUCAUCUCUCAUCUGUCAGUUUUUUUGACAGAGUGAGCCAAAAAUAUAAAUUUCUAUCGGGUUUCAGUUAAA